GGCAUGAGCGCUGUUCGGUCGGGUUCGGUGGCCGGCCCGGUCCAGCAGGGGCUAAAAGAGGCUCUCAUGGAGACCCUGACGGCCAUCCUGUCUCCGGUUCAAGAAGUGCGCACCGCCGCUGAGGAGCAGAUUAAAGUGCUGGAAGUGACAGAAGAGUUUGGUGUCCACCUUGCAGAACUCACAGUCGACCCACAAGGAGCACUUGCCAUCCGCCAGUUAGCGUCAGUCAUUCUUAAGCAGUAUGUAGAAACUCAUUGGUGUUCCCACUCAGAGAAGUUCCGACCCCCCGAAACCACUGAGCAGGCCAAAGCCGCCAUUCGGAGCUUGCUGCCUAGUGGUCUGCGCGAGUCCAUCAGCAAGGUGCGUUCCAGUGUGGCCUACGCCGUGUCCGCCAUCGCUCACUGGGACUGGCCCGAGGCCUGGCCGCAGCUCUUUACCCUCCUGAUGGAAAUGUUGGUCAGCGGUGACGUCAGCGCCGUACACGGGGCCAUGAGGGUCCUCACAGAAUUCACUCGAGAAGUGACGGACACCCAAAUGCCGCUAGUGGCUCCCGUCAUCUUACCUGAAAUGUACAAGAUCUUCACCAUGGCUGAGGUGUACAGCAUCCGUACCCGUUCAAGAGCUGUGGAGAUCUUCACCACCUGUGCCAACCUCAUCUGUGCUAUUGAGGAACUUGAAAAGGGUGCAGCCAAAGCCUUGAUUUUCCCAGUCGUGCAGCAGUUUACAGAAGCGUUUGUGCAGGCACUACAAAUGCCCGACGGACCCUCGUCUGACAGCGGCCUGAAGAUGGAGGUCCUUAAGGCGAUAACAGCAUUGGUUCAGAACUUCCCCAAACCUAUGGUUUCUUCCAUGCAGCAGAUUCUGCCCAUCGUUUGGAACACACUGACUGAAAGUGCAGCUUUUUACGUCAGAACGGAGGUAAACUACACAGAGGAAGUGGACAAUCCAGUCGACUCUGAUGGUGAAGUCCUGGGCUUUGAGAAUCUCGUCUUCAGCAUCUUCGAUUUUGUACACACGCUGAUGGAGAAGAAAAAAUUCAAAAGCACGGUGAAGAAGGCGCUACCUGAACUCAUUUAUUACAUCAUCCUCUACAUGCAGAUGACGGAGGAUCAGAUCAAAGUGUGGUCAGCCAACCCUCACCAGUUUGUGGAGGAUGAGGAUGAUGACACACUGUCCUAUACUGUUAGGAUUUCUGCACAGGACCUACUGCUGGCGGUUGCUGCCGAGUUCCAGAAUGAAAGCGCGGUAGCGUUGGCGGCGGCAGCCACCAGACACCUCCAGGAGGCAGAGCAAGCCAAAAACAGUGGCAAUCAGCAUUGGUGGAAGAUCCAUGAAGCUUGCAUGUUGGCACUCGGUUCAGUCAAAAGCAUCAUCACUGAGAACGUAAAAAACGGACGCAUUCAGUUUGACAUGCAUGGCUUUUUAGCCGGCGUGGUCUUGGCUGACCUCAACCUGGCAGCAGUGUCGCCGUUCCUCCUCGGUCGCGCUCUGUGGGCGGCCAGUCGCUUCACCGCAGCCAUGUCACCGGCGCUUAUACAGCAGUUCCUGCAGGCCACCGUGAGCGGCCUUCAUGACAGCCAGCCGCCUUCAGUGCGGGUAUCUUCGGUCAGGGCCAUCUGGGGGUAUUGUGACCAGUUAAAGCUGUCUGACAACACGCACAUCCUCCAGCCCUACCUGCCCAGCAUCCUGGAGGGGCUUGUCCAGCUGGCGACACAAUUCAACUCAGAGGUACUGGCGCUGGUCAUGGAAACGCUGUGCAUCGUGUGCACUUUUGACCCGGCCUUCACCACCAGUGCGGAGAACAAGAUCUGCCCUCUUACUAUCGCUGUAUUCCUCAAAUACAGCAACGACCCUGUCGUGGCGUCCCUGGCUCAGGGCAUCUUCAAAGAACUGUCCCAGAUUGAAGGCUGUCAGGGACCCAUGCAGAUACGGCUCAUUCCCACACUUGUCAGCAUUAUGCAGGCCCCUGCUGACAAAAUCCCGACUGGACUAUGUGCUACGGCCAUCGACACCCUCACCACAGUUGUGCGCAACACCAAGCCGCCUCUUUCCGAGAUGCUGGUGUGCCAGGCUUUCCCCGUGAUGGCACAGUGCACCUUACGCACUGAUGACAAUACUGUCAUGCAGAAUGGUGGCGAGUGUUUGCGGGCGUACGUGUCAGUUGCCUUGGAGCAGAUCGCCCAAUGGCGCGAUGACCAAGGGAACAGCGGCGUGUGGUAUGUCACGCAGGUUGUCAACCUGCUGCUGGAUCCAAGAACCUCAGAGUUCACGGCCAUCUUUGUCGGGAGGCUGGUGUCCACGCUCAUCUCCCGGGCAGGGACGCAACUCGGCGAGCAGUUGGACCAGAUUUUGCGAGCUAUCCUCAGCAAGAUGCAGCAAGCGGAGACUCUGAGUGUCAUGCAGUCUCUUAUUAUGGUGUUUGCACACCUGGUUCACUCCCAGUUGGAGCCCCUUUUGGACUUCCUCUGCAGUCUUCCAGGCCCCACGGGCAAACCUGCCCUGGAGUUUGUCAUGACUGAGUGGAUGAGCAGGCAACAUCUCUUCUAUGGACAGUACGAGGGGAAAGUCAGCUCGGUGGCUCUUUGUAAGCUGCUGCAGUACAGCCUCAACACUGACGACAAGCGCCUCCAGGACAUCGUGGUGAAGGGAGAAGAAAUUUACAACCCCGCGGAGGGCAUCCGCACCCGCUCUAAAGCAGCCAAAAAUCCGGAGCGCUGGACUAAUAUUCCUCUGCUGGUGAAAAUCUUUAAACUGAUAAUCAACGAGCUGUCGACCGUGGUGGAGGCCAACGCCAGCAGAACUAAUGCAGCCGACUGGAGUCACGAUUCCAGCAGCAUGUGUGAGGAGGAGGAAGAUGGCGACGAGGAGGAGGAGGAUGAUGAUGAUGAUGAAGAAGGGCUGGCAGGGCAACUGAUAUCAGACCUCAUUGCCUCUAACAAAUAUGAUGAUGACUAUUACGACGACGAUGACGAGGAUGAUCCUGAUGCCUUAAACGAUCCUUUAGAUCAGAUUGAUCUACAGGCGUACCUGACAGACUUCCUGACGCAAUUUGCCCAGCAGCCUUGCUAUAGCAUGUUCUCAGGCCACCUCAACAACAAUGAAAGACAAACCUUGCAGUCUAUAGGCCUCUAG